AUGACGCAGAAGAGCAAUCUGUUCAAGGGCCAAAAGAAGAAGAAGACUGUUACUCAAAAUCGCCAUGGAAAAUCUGUUCAAACUCGUAAAGGGAAGAGGAACGUGAAACCAUCAAAGACCACGAAGGAGCUAGACACCGAUCGGGAGCUUACGAAAUUCAUAAACCAUUGCAAUGAAGUGAAAGCAGCUAAUGCAGCUUGCAAAGAAGGUGGGCAACUUAAUAUCCUCAAGGCCGAAUCUGCUGAGCCAUCAAUGAAAUCAGCUAAAUAG